AUUGAACCCCCUGGCACAUCAACGUGCUCAUCUGAGCACAUUCCUUUCUUCUCCCUUGUACUCACGCCUCUUCUCCUCUUGCUCCAUCUGUUCCUCCACUACCAUGGCCAGUGCAAUCACGAGGCUACCGCCCGUCAGGCGCAGUCCGAGUACCCUGCAGUAUCUCGAGUACAAACACAAGAUAAAAUCAGACAAACCCUAUUUCAAGCCCCGGUUUACUUUCAAAAGCGAGGACAGAGAGCACACGUUUAGUCGCAAGGAGAUACGUAUGACCGAUCCUUUGAUGCCACCUUACCCAUACGGCAAGAAUCCUGCAUUUCGGGAAGCGAACUUUGGCCUGUACGGCGGAGCCACGCUGCAGUCUGGAAACAAGAUCUCAAAGGGACGAAACAAGGGCAAGACGCUGCGCCAUUGGUUUCCCAAUGUCAGGAUCGAGACAUUCAGAAGCGAAGCACUGGACACUGAGCUCAAGAUCCCGGCGACGGCUCGCGUGGUGCGGACUAUCAGAAAAUGCGGCGGUCUCGAUCAAUACGUGAUGGGCACAAAACCUGCACGAAUAAAGGAGCUGGGAAUGCUAGGUUGGAAGCUCAGGUGGCUAGUCAUGACAUCCCCGAAAAUGCUGGCAAAGUUUGAUCAACAGAGGCGGGAGCUUGGUCUGCCAGAGUCGACCUCUCUAAAGGCUGCUUUCGAAGAUGUUUGGAACGAUGAGGGACAGCGAACAAAACUCAUAGCAGAACAAGAAUUGGCGUGGGCGGACCUGCGGCAGGCUGCAGUGAGAUUCGAAGAGCAUGUGCAGAAGCAUUGGGUUGACAACGGGGAGAAGGAGCUAUACGAGAUUUCCCGGCUGGAGACGCUACAGAGAAGCAGUCCCGCUUCUUUAGGUCUACCGGAAUAUCUGGAGCGGGUUCAUAUCAGCCGAAAGGACGAGGCUGUUGUCGAAGUGCCGGAGGAGCAGUAUGAAGCCACCCUUGAUGCGUCAAUAUCAGAAAAGACGGAACAACAGCAGAAGGUCCCGGAACCAUUAUGAGACUGUCUUCCUCCACCCUCACAAAGUCAAUUGUGAAGGUACUAGUCUCGUACUACCGCCCAGUAUAGGGACUACAUCCAGUCUGUGUAGCCACUUCACUCAGGCAUCAUCACACAACAAGUGCGAAUAAAAGACGCAAUGGCUAUCGCGUCCCAGGGUCCUUCGCGAGAGAUGCGGACAAAUAAAUCCCCCAGCACUCCCAGGUCAGGGUCGCAUCCUGAGAUUGGCAGAUGGUUUAGAAAGUUCACUGUUUGGAGGCAUCAGGAACGAUGGUUGAUAGAGGCAUGCAGUGCAUCGGCCCAGAGCUAUGCACUUCACUGUACAAAAAGUGCCAUGUAAAGUAUAUGAAGGGAUCUUUGAACAGAGGAAUUUUGCUCCCUUUCA